AUGAUUUCACUAAAGAGCUUUGUUGCUAUAUUUCUUCUGGUGGAGAGUUCAUUGCAGGAUUUUCCAUUUCGAAAUCCUAACCUGUCUUGGAAUACUCGGGUGGAUGAUUUAGUAGGGAGAUUGACUCUAGAUGAAAUCACCUUACAGAUGGCCAAGGGUGGUGCUGGUAUAAAUGGUCCAGCUCCUGCUAUAUCACGAUUGGGUAUUGGACCGUAUCAAUGGAACAGUGAAUGUUUACAUGGGGAAGUGGGGCAAAUGGCCACGGCUUAUCCCCAAUCUAUAGGACUUGCAGCGUCGUGGAGCUAUGACGUAGUCCAUCGAAUGGCAGAGGCCACCUCAGAAGCUGUACGAGCGAACCACAAUAAAGCAGUAAAUAACCAUAACUAUGCUGAUCGAACAGGGUUGAGUUGUUUUUCUCCGGUUUUGAAUAUAAUGAGGGAUCCUAGAUGGGGCAGAAACCAGGAAACCUACGGAGAAGAUCCUUAUCUAAGUGGUAUGUUCGGUAUAGCUUUCGUGAAAGGUUUACAGGGAAACCACUCGCGAUAUAUUAGAGCUAAUGGCGGAUGUAAACACUUUAAUGUUCAUGGAGGCCCAGAAAAUAUUCCUUCAUUUCGGUGGAAUUUUAACUCUAAAGUUUCUAUGAGAGAUUGGAGAACAACCUUCCUGCCAGCGUUUAGAUAUUGUGUAAAGGCAGGGGCUUACAGCUUGAUGUGCAGCUACAAUAGUAUUAACGGUGUACCAGCAUGUGCCAAUAAACAGUUACUUACAGACAUACUACGUAAAGAAUGGGGAUUUCAUGGUUAUGUGGUUAGUGAUAUGGAAGCUGUAGAAAACAUCAAAAACGCAUUUCAUUACCGUUCAAACGACGUUGAUACUGCAGCUGUUGCGUUGGAAGCUGGAUUAAAUCUUGAGUUAGCUGCGCCUGAUUACAAAAAAGAGACGCUUAUGUCAAUUUCCGAAGCUGUUCGUCAAGGACAGUUAGCUGAAAGUGUCGUUCGAGAAAGGGUUAAACCACUCUUCUAUACCAGGAUGAGACAUGGCGAGUUUGAUCCACCGAAUAUGAAUCCAUAUUCAUCCAUCGGCAUGUCCGUUAUUGAAAAUCAAUCGCACAGAAACAUGGCAAUAGAGGCUGCUAUGAAAUCUUUUGUUUUAUUGAAAAAUGAUGGGACUUUACCAUUAAAAACACAGCCUUACAACAAAAUAGCAGUAAGUGCUAUUCCUCUUGACUUCAGUUUUAUAAUUAGAGAUAUACAUUUCGAAAAAUAA